AUGUCCAUCUCCAGAGCAGCCCGCAACGCUACAAAGCUCAACCGCGCCAUCCCCCGAGUCGCUUCUGCCACCCCCCGCCCCUUUUCCACCUCCUCCACCAUCAUGUCAGAGUACAGAAUCGAGAAAGACACCUUCGGUGACCUCCAGGUCCCGUCUACCAGGUACUGGGGCGCCCAGACCCAGCGAAGUUUGAUGAACUUUGACAUUGGUGGUCCCACCGAGCGAAUGCCCCCUCCUCUCAUCAAGGCCUUCGGCGUCCUCAAGAAGGCCGCCGCUACCGUCAACCAGACCUACGGUCUCCCCGCCGAUGUCGCCCAGAACAUCCAAAAGGCUGCCGACGAGGUCAUCUCUGGCAAGCUCAUCGACGAGUUCCCCCUUGUCGUCUUCCAGACCGGGUCCGGUACCCAGACCAACAUGAACGUGAACGAGGUCAUUAGCAACAGGGCUAUUGAGCUUAUGGGCGGAGAGUUGGGUUCCAAGAAGCCUGUCCACCCCAACGACCACGUCAACAUGAGCCAGUCUUCUAACGACACUUUCCCUACGGCUAUGCACGUCGCUGCUGUCGUCGAGAUCAACGAGCAGCUCCUUCCCGCCCUCAAGGAGCUCCACGCCGCCUUUGCUGAAAAGGCCGAGUCUUUCAAGGACAUUAUCAAGAUCGGUCGAACCCACUUGCAGGACGCUACUCCCUUGACUCUCGGCCAAGAGUUCAGCGGCUACGUGACCCAGCUCGAAAGGGGUAUCGGUCGAGUGGAGAGCACCCUCAAGAACUUGGGCUACUUGGCGCAGGGUGGUACCGCUGUCGGUACUGGAUUGAACACCAGAGUUGGCUUUGAUGUCAAGGUCGCCGAGGAGAUCUCCAAGAUCACUGGCCACAAGUUCGAGACUGCCCCCAACAAGUUCGAGGCUCUUGCCGCCCACGAUGCCAUCGUGGAGGCUUCCGGUGCCCUCAACACCGUCGCUGUCAGCUUGAUGAAGAUUGCCAACGACAUCCGAUACCUCGGUUCCGGUCCCCGAUGUGGUCUUGGUGAGCUCGAGCUUCCCGAGAACGAGCCCGGAUCUUCCAUCAUGCCCGGCAAGGUCAACCCCACGCAAUGUGAGGCCCUCACCAUGGUCGCCGCUCAAGUCAUGGGUAACAACACCACCAUCUCCGUCGCCGGCUCUUACGGUCAAUUCGAGCUCAACGUCUUCAAGCCCGUCCUCAUCAAGAACCUCCUCCAGUCCAUCCGUCUCCUUGCCGACGGUUCCAGGAGCUUCACCAAGAACUGUGUGGUUGGAAUCAAGGCCAACGAGGAGCAGAUAAAGAAGAUCAUGAAUGAGAGUUUGAUGUUGGCUACUUGCUUGAACAGCAAGCUUGGUUACGAUGAUGUCGCCAAGAUUGCCAAGAAGGCUCACCGUGAAGGUCUUACCCUCAAGGAGUCUACCCUCGCCCUCGGCAAGCUCACCUCUGAAGAGUUCGACUCUCUUGUCCGACCCGAACUCAUGUUGGCCCCCACCGAGGCUUAA